AUGUCAGCGAUACGGAGGAAAUUCGGCGAGGACUAUAAGAUGGUGAACACCAACCGGAGCGUGACUUUUUCCGGGCCGGUGAAGAAAAAGAGACAGCGCUUCGUGGAGAAGAACGGCCGCUGCAACGUGCAGCACGGAAACCUGGGAGGAGAGACCAGCAGGUACAUCUCCGACCUGUUCACCACGCUGGUGGACCUCAAGUGGAGGUGGAACCUGCUCAUCUUCAUCCUCACCUACACGGUGGCGUGGCUGGUCAUGGCAUCCAUGUGGUGGGUGAUCGCCUACAUCAGGGGGGACCUGAGCCACGGCGGACACGCCGCGUCCUACACGCCGUGCGUGGCCAACGUGUACAACUUCCCCUCCGCUUUCCUCUUCUUCAUCGAGACCGAGGCCACCAUCGGCUACGGGUACCGCUACAUCACGGAGAAGUGCCCCGAGGGCAUCAUCCUGUUCCUGUUCCAGUCGCUGCUGGGCUCCAUCGUGGACGCCUUCCUCAUCGGUUGCAUGUUUAUUAAGAUGUCGCAGCCGAAGAAGCGCGCGGAGACGCUCAUGUUCAGCCAGGACGCGGUGGUUUCUCAGCGGGACGGGACGCUGUGCCUCAUGUUCCGGGUGGGGAACCUGCGGAACAGCCACAUGGUUUCAGCCCAGAUCAGGUGCAAACUCAUUAAGUCUCGCCAGACCCCAGAGGGAGAGUUCCUGCCCUUGGAUCAGUGUGAGCUGGACGUGGGUUUCGGCACCGGAGCGGACCAGCUUUUCUUGGUGUCGCCUCUGACCAUCUGCCAUGAGAUCAACACCAAGAGCCCAUUCUUUGAUCUGUCACAGCGCUCACUCACCAGCGAGCAGUUUGAGAUCGUUGUCAUCCUGGAGGGCAUCGUGGAGACCACAGGCAUGACGUGCCAGGCGAGGACAUCUUACACCGAGGACGAAGUCUUGUGGGGUCAUCGCUUCCUCCCCGUCAUGUCCCUGGAAGAGGGCUUCUUCAGAGUGGACUACUCCCAGUUUCACAACACCUUCGAGGUCCCCACGCCUCCCUACAGCGUCAAAGAGCAGGAGGAGAAGGGUUCCCUGACGUCACCCAACGCCCUACCUGUCGCCCCUAACCCCAACUCGCCGCUGCUGGGUAACGGGGGCCGCGGGGGCCGCAGGGAAAGGCUCCUGUCGGCCGACAACGCGGACCACGCGGAGGACCAGGCCUCCAGGCUGCCCAGCAAACUCCAGCGCAUGAGCUCCACCAAAGAGGAGCUCCUGUGGAGGGGGAUGAAGACGGGAGCACCGUUGCCCGGAGGUAAAGCCUCCAGCACAGGAGACCUGCCACUUAGCAUCCAGAAGUUGAAUGCUAAUGCUAAGGCAGCGCAGCAGGAGGAGCAGGUUCAGCUGUUGUCAUUCGAUGGUGGCGCUGAGGAGAUGAAGAAACACAGACUAUCAACAGUCAUUUGCUCCCCCGCCACAACUAACCCAACAGCAGUUCAGAUCUCUUUUGCAGGGAGUCGGCCAGAGGACAACCUGCCAGCAAAACUGCGCAGAAUGAAUGCAGACCGCUGAACUGUUUCUUUAAACUAACACUAAAACUGAAUCAAGCUUGAUGGGCAUUGCAUAUAAAUAAAGACUACUGUAAAAUAAUAUUUUAUUCUACCCUUUCUGCAAUUUUUGCCAAUAAUAGAAGGACAAACACUCAAAAGCCAUCCAUCCGCUCAUACUGUGAGUCCGUUUUGAUAGCUCGUGGCCCCCACUGACUGUAAACACUUUAUUGCUGUGCUUGUUUAUUUUGUUUCAGCUCUCAGAAAUACAGAGAGGCUUCAUUACUGUCACAACUAAUGUACUUUUUUUUUUUCUCAACUGAACAAGCACCAAAUUGGCAAAUGAGCUGCCUUGACCAUUUGCCAGACUUUUCUCCCCUGAACAGCAGUUAUCUUUGGCAACAAUGAAGCAAGAAGCAACAAGAAGAGGAUUGUGGGGUUUUGAGACAGA